UCAAAUGUUAUCAGCAUGCAAAUAUUUUCUGAAACAGAAACUUAUCAUCGAACGCGCAUAAAAAGUCAAGGAUUGUUUUGGAAACCAUAUUUGAAAUCAGCAAAUUUGUUUUGACGCAAUCGAUUUACGAGAUUAAAACUCCGAGAAAUUCGUAUGAUGGCGAGAAAAGACAAGAAAAGUCAUCGUGGAGAUCAUUGUAAAAAUCCUAAAUCCAUAAAGAAGUAUCCCCUGGAUUGCAACACAAGUGCAAAUGAAGUAUUCAGCAUGCCAUUCCUGUGUGAUAUAAAUACGAUAUCAAACAUUAAGAAGCAUGGCCGCAUCAUGUUUAUAAUCCGAGGACCCCCAUAUACCAUGAAAACAAAACUCAGUGAUUUGCUCAAGGAAAUAUAUCAAAAUGCUGUAUAUUGUUCUGCUGUAAAACACAUAGACAAAUAUUCCACUGGUGGGAAAAUGGUAUUUGACAAAUCAGUUAAGCAGUUGACCCAUACGAUUUGUCAAAAAAAAGCAGAAGAGGCGUGCUUGAAUAAUGAAUUAAUAAUUGUACAAAAUUCUCAUAUAAAAAAGUUUGAACUGAAACCAUACCUAAAUUUAGCUGUCAAGUACGACUACACAGUAAUUAUGGCUAUAACUACGUACAAGUUUGACAUCACUAUUGAGGUUCUUGAUGAAGCAGAGAAGCAACGCAACGGCGGCUUAGGUAGUAAAUACUUAAGUACUGCUUUGAAAAAUUGGGAAGAUGUUCCACCGAUGUACACAGGAUGGUUUAUUUCCCCCCAAGACUCGGAAUGUCUUCGAUGCAUUACGUCGCAGAUUUUAGAGACACUGUCUUAUUGUGAGGCUGUUCUGAAACAUUUAGCUUCAGAUGAUAUCACAAAUUAUUUCCACCCGAGGCAGAUGCUCAGCUGCUUGGCUGGUUAUACGAAAGAUCAGGCUGCUAUGAAAAAAUAUUAUAUGUCAGAUUUAAUCCAACUCUCAUAUGGGAAAUGUUUUAUCAUCACAAUUGUUGGGUAUUUGGUGACCACAUCUGAUAUCAUUGGAAUAGUUCAUCUAAACAGAGAUAUGAAAUCUCUCAUUCUAUAUGAUCUAAACGAAGACGACGAUGAAUCAUUGGACCAAAUGCCGGGUAACAUAUCACAACAUGGAAAGACAGUGGAAUUUGACAACAAAGAAAUCUACGAACUAGGAAGAAUCACAGAAAACGAUUGGUUGGAAGGAGAGGAAAUCAAUAUUGCCAUGAGUAGUUUUAUGCACAUAGCUCAGAGAAAUUUCAACGUUUUUAAUCUUCAUAAACUAAGAAAAGAUUUUAAAGAGUCUUUGCAGUUUGUAACUGACACAAAUGGCAUCAUACACCAAGAUGUCUACAUAGAUGAUGGAACCACAAAAUUCUGCAAACUAACAGAAGAUGCUUUAUUAAUCAAAGCUCCACAAAAAAUAUUGAUGAAUGCAAUAUUUACCGGAUUCUACCCCGAUUAGAAUUAUGUGGUGUUCGAGAAAAAUUGUCAUUCCUGUACAUAAAUGCAUUUGUAAAUAUUACCUCUCUCAUUGUUCAUAAAUAUAUAAAUAAAAUAUUUUUAAUUAA